CCUUCUUUCGCAAGAACAAAAGCACCAAUUUUGCUUGUUUCCACCCUAGUAGUCUCCUUCUUCGAACAUAUCUAUUAUCGUAUCGCACAAUGAUGACCGCAUCAAACAUGUCCGAGCCACUCAUCAAGGGUGACAACACUAAUAGCAGCAAGUCAGCAUCAGACAGCUCCAACAGUUCGCUAGCGGAAUUGGACCAUGUCAUGAUUGGUCGACUCAAGUACAGUUGUUUGAUUCUGGGUGUUCUCAUUGGUUUCUUCAUCCAAGUGUCCACAAUUGGUGCAAGCUUCUUGACAAACCUUCCCUGGGCCAAGGGCACUUCGGAUCAACACAUUGCUGUAUACGCAUUGGUAUGGAGCAUCAUCACAGCAACUGCCAGUUGUGGUGUCAUGAUGAUCUUCCGAAGCUUUGUCGAAAUCACAUUUAACCUGACCUUUGGAAGGGCAUUGGCCUACGAUCCCAUCAAGCACGAUCAAAUCUUGGAUGAGCUUGUGUGGUACUUUGAAUGCUACUUCUCCUUGGGAGUCCUCAUCUCGGUCACUUUGGCUUGGGUCGCCACCUCCUUCGUCUUGGGAAUGCCAACCACUCUCAUCGAUCUGGGAAUCACCAUUGCAUUACCCGUAUUCUGGUGCUUUAGUUUCUUUGUCAUUUUCAUGACUAAGGACUCACCCAAAAGCACACCACCCAAAAAGGAAGUUUCCUCCAGAGAGGUUGCAGGAGUUUCCAUUGUUUAAAAUAUGUGCAACAGAAGCAGACCCUCAUUCUCCACAACCAAGUCCGCAGUCCUCCUAUUCUUCCCUACGAGGCGAACACAGUGGUUUGCCUCAACAGCGGACUUGCCACCAUUUAGCAAACCAGCAACACUUCUUUAAACUAAACUACAUCAAUCACCAUUACUGAAAUUUGCUUGUCUUGUAGCUAGUUAAGUUAGUUAAUAAAGCUCUGAGCUUACAUUCU